CUCGCCACCAGCGUGGACUUCCAGGGACCUUUCUUUCCGGGAAGAAAUUAAAUGUUAAUUAGAAACGCCUCCAGGAGAUUCACCACGGCCCUGUAGACCGGGGAACACAUCCAGAAAGGACAAGGAUGGGAAUCUUGUAUUCUGAGCCCAUCUGCCAGGCAGCCUACCAGAAUGACUUGGGGCAAGUGUGGCGGUGGGCGAAAGAAGACAACCAUUAUGUGGACAUCCAAGACGGCUUCAAUGGCGAUACUCCACUCAUCUGUGCCUGCAGGCGGGGGCACCUGAGAAUCGUCUCCUUUCUUUUAAGGAGAAACGCCGAUGUCAACCUCAAAAACUUGAAGGAGAGAACCUGCUUGCACUAUGCUGUGAAGAAGAGAUUUACCUUCUUUGAUUAUCUACUCAUUAUCCUUUUAAUGCCUGUCUUGCUUAUUGGAUAUUUCCUCAUGGUAUCAAAGACAAAGCAGAAUGAGAAUCUUGUACGGAUGCUCCUUGAUGCUGGAGUUGAAGUUAAUGCUACUGACUGCUAUGGCUGCACUGCUUUGCAUUAUGCAUGCCAGAUGAAGAACCAGACGGUUAUCCCUCUGCUUCUGGAAGCCCAUGCAGACCCCACCAUAAGGAAUAAGCAUGGUGAGAGCUCACUGGAUAUCGCUCAGAGACUAAAAUUUUCCCAGAUUGUACUAAUGCUAAAGAAAGCCUCAUAGUCCUGGGACUUCUCACGUGGUGACAGAGACACAGCUGGAGGAGCGGAUGUGGGCCCUACCAUGGAUUAUGGCUCUAUGGGCACUCUCUCUGGAUGCAUCUACUUUCUGACAAGCACCGGACUUUUACAGUGGAGGCCGCUAGGGCCAGAAUCCCUCCAAAGGACCCAUUACACGUAUUGAAACCUCUAUUACUGUCAAAAAGGAUUUUUUAAAAAUGUCCAAUUCAGUGUCUCUUAAAAACAAGCCAGAGUGACCCAGGGCCACACCUCUUCCUGCUUGUGUCAUCAUUCUAAUGACUCUGCCCUACCUUCUGUCUUGGGAGACAAACGAUUUGCCUCAGACCCCUGGACAUCCUGAGCCACAGAACCAAAGCAUGUGCAUUUGAGCAGCAUGGGCACGUAUGUGUACGGAGUGAGAGGUGCCAGAGUAAAUAUUCCUUUGAUGGAAAAUCUUGAAUAAAAACAUGUGCCG